GCGAAUCACAUGACAGGCCGAGGAGCUGCUGACUCGCUCCUGCCGGCCCCCUCUUUCGCUCCGUCAGUCAUUCAGUGGCGGAGUAAGAUGGCGGCGGAGAGGGACACUCCACCGCUGGGCAGCGCGGCGGCGGGGCUCGCCGACUUCAGGGAGCCGGAGGACGGAGAGGACCUAUUCGUGAGCACCGCCUCGACACUGGAGUCCAGUCCGUCGUCCCCGGAACCAGCCAGCCUCCAAGUGGAAGAUGUCAGUGCAAACUCCAAUGGACCCAAAACAGCGGAGAUCCUGAUUGAUGAUGAUCAAGACGACCUCUUUGCUGAGGCCACCGAGGAGGUGUCCCUUGAUAGCCCUGAGCGUGAGCCCAUCCUCUCUGAUGGUCCAUCCCCUGCCAUCACCCCCGUGACCCCAACAGCACUCAUUUCGAAUCGCAUUGAACCCAAAGUCAUUGGAGUUCCCAGCAUGUUUGAGCGAUCCCUGGAUGAGGUGGAGGAGGAAGCUGGCGGGGACUUGUUUGACAUCAACAUUUCGGUCUCUGAUCCAGAGAAAGUUGGUGACGGAAUGAAUGCUUAUAUGGCAUACAAAGUAACCACAAAGACCUCCCUGACAAUUUUUAACCAGAGCGAAUUCUCUGUGAAGAGACGCUUUAGUGAUUUCCUGGGCUUACACAGCAAGCUAGCUUCCAAAUACAUGCAUAUCGGAUACAUAGUUCCACCUGCACCGGAGAAAAGCAUUGUAGGCAUGACGAAGGUCAAGGUGGGAAAGGAGGACUUGUCAUCUACUGAAUUUGUGGAGAAGCGGCGAUCGGCUUUGGAAAGGUACCUGAUGAGGACAGUGAAACAUCCCACUUUGAUACAGGAUCCUGAUGUUAUUCAGUUCCUGGAGAGCUCAGAGCUGCCGCGGGCGGUUAGCACCCAGGCGCUCAGCGGGGCGGGAAUAUUGAGGAUGGUAAACAAAGCUGCCGACGCUGUCAACAAAAUGACAAUCAAGAUGAAUGAAUCGGAUGCGUGGUUUGAAGAGAAACAGCAGCAGUUUGAGAACCUGGACCAGCAGCUGAGGAAGCUUCACGCCAGCGUAGAGGCCCUUGUGUGCCACAGAAAGGAGCUGUCGGUGAACACGGCAUCCUUUGCCAGGAGUGCAGCCAUGCUGGGCAACUCGGAGGACCACACAGCCUUGUCACGGGCAUUGUCGCAGCUGGCCGAGGUGGAAGAGAAGAUUGACCAGCUGCACCAGGAGCAGGCCUAUGCCGACUUCUACCUGUUCUCCGAGCUGCUGGGAGACUACGUGCGUCUUAUCACUGCGGUCAAGGGUGUGUUUGACCAACGCAUGAAGACCUGGUCCAAGUGGCAGGAUGCCCAGGUCAUGCUUCAAAAGAAGAGGGAGGCAGAAGCCAAACUCCACCUGGCCAACAAGCCAGACAAGCUGCAACAGGCCAAGGAUGAGAUCAAGGAGGAGAUUGAGGAGUGGGAGGGUAAAGUGCAGCAGGGAGAGCGAGACUUUGAGCAGAUUUCCAAAACCAUCCGGAAGGAGGUGGGCAGGUUUGAGAAAGAACGAGUAAAGGACUUCAAAGUUGUCAUUAUCAAAUACCUGGAAUCACUAGUGCAUACCCAACAGCAGCUGAUAAAAUACUGGGAGGCCUUCUUACCGGAAGCCAAAGCUAUCGCAUAAACGACCCUUGGCCCAUCUUUUGUGAACUCGACCCUGGCGGAUGAUCACACUUAUGUUUACAUUGUAAUGUCACGUUGAAGAAGAUGCACGGAUGAAGCAAAUCUAAAAUGACAACCCAAAUGAACCACUUUUUUUUUUUUGUGCUUUUUUUUUUUUUUGCAAUGGCUCACUACAAGGCAACUUGUCCUGUCUUGAUUUGGAUCAGAACUGAAGCUUGGGGUCUGUUUUUUGGGGAUAGGGUGUGUGUGGGGGAUCUGUUUUGUUCCCCCAAAGUGACUGAGACUCAGCUCUGUCCCAUUAUUAGCCUGACUCUGUUUUUUCUUUGUUUAAUGUGCAAUUUUUGUUGAGUCUGUUCAUUUUCCUGAUGAUUUUUUUGUUUGUAUGUUUAAAAGAAGCGUUGUCUGAAGUACUUUUUAAAUUUUUCAUUUAAUUUUGACUAUACAUUCUCCAGCUGAAAGCAUUUGAUUACUUAUAGUGUUA